AUGGACACCUUUCAAGACAUGACUAUGGGGGACCAAUCUUUAAAGGGUCAGACGUUUUGUCCCUGGAGGCUCGUCCAAUCUUAUCCCUAUCGGUUCGCCGGUCAGGAUAUUCAAGAAGAGAUGCUAAAGCUCUAUACCUCGAUGCUAUUCGAAAAUCGCAUCUGGGAUUUGUUCGGUCUGCUGGACCCUGGUAAAACUGGCAGAAAUCCUCUUCUGCUGGUCCCCAGCGCCCAAUUCGUGGAAUAUCUAAAGCAUGUUAACUCCCGUCUGAAAUUACAACUCGGCAUCCCAAAGGGCGAGGCCGGUGAGAACUUCUUCGCCACCUUCGGAGAUUGGGACACGCCUCUUCCUCGCUUCCUAGGCCGCGCUAGUACUUCUGCUGCUGUCUGCGAGCUUAAGCUCCGUACUCACAGACUACCUAUAGAUGAUUUGGCUCAUCUUAGCACCGCUGCCCUGCAAAACUAUAGAGUGAAGAUGGAUAAGUUGUAUAAAUCAUUAAAUCCGGUCAAGGAUAAGGCAGAAGCGGAGGCAGCAGCGACCCGGAGAAAGAUCGAGCGUCAGAAGGGUUACGGACGUAUGACCAAGCGAGCACAGAGAUACCUCGGGCUUCGAGGCCGCCCCGGAUAUCCACCUAGCUUAGAUAUUACGGCCACAGAUUGGAACGUGGAUAUGCCAGUCCCCUUUAAAGCAGAAAGCUCUAUACGAUUUGUCUCCGUUGACAUCGAGGCAUGGGAGCAAUCGACCAACGUAAUCACAGAAGUGGGCCUAGCAAUCCUUGACACUCAAGACACCAUAAAUGUUCCUCCUGGUAGAGAUGGCUACGGAUGGUUCCCGUUGAUUAAGUCACACCACUUCAUAAUUGAAGAGCAUAAGUAUAAGAUAAACUAUAAAUAUGUCCACGGGUGUCCUGAACAAUUCAACUUUGGCGAUUUCGAAUUUAUUGGCGAAAAUGAAAUUGGUAGGGUAAUUGGCAAGAUUAUCGGAGACUCAUUGUCUCCGGAUCAAAGACCAGUUAUCAUGGUAGGACACGCCGUCUGCCAAGACUUAAGUUACCUCAAGAAACUCGGAUAUAAUAUCUGGCAGGCGCCACAAUUUAUAGACGAGAUGGAUACGAGGUCGAUGUUUCAGCACCUAGAAAGAACGUCUGACGGUCGUGGUCUCAAAACUCUUUGCGAAAGUUUAGGGAUGGUAUGUAGGAAUUUCCACAACGCGGGCAACGAUGCAACAUAUACGCUGCGCGCUAUGAUUGUUAUCGCGGUCAGGCAGAUGAUGAGUAACUCCGGGGGGCAGAAAGAAGAAAACUCUAAUGAAUCAGAGGAGGAUGAAUGGAGCGAUGGUAUAAUGGACGACGGAGGUCCGCCUCAAAAGUCAGCUGAAUAG